AUGCCUAUUUUACAUAUUUUUAUUUCUACAUAUUUUAUUUGUACUUUUUUUUUUUUUUUAAUCUUGUAUUGUUGCUGCCAUGUGGCGGUUGAGGAACCACGCCUAAGAUUUGUACUCUUGUGUACUUGUACAAUAAGUUGUAAUCAAAGUAAUUCUGAUUCUGAUUCUGACUACAUGGACCGCUGUGGGACAUUCCUGCCAUGCGCCCCUCCCUGAGCCCUACUGCGCAGACUCGUCGCACGUCGCUGUCAGGGCCAGGCAGAUCGGCAGUAUGGCGGCGGGAUACAGCUACAGGAAGGAUGCUACCGUCGCCCGUGAUGUGUCUCCCGCCGGCAGGACCUAAAUGGAAUAUUGACGGAAAAACCAAAGGAUUUAACCAGAGAGCCCUGUCGCCUUGAACUCCAAGAUGACCCGGCUUGCUGACUACUUCGUUGUGGUCGGCUACGACCUCGAUAAACGAGGGGGCGCUGAGGGACAGGGUUGUAUUGUCCAGCGCUUUCCUGAGAAGGAUUGGGAGGACAACCCUUUCCCACAAGGGGUUGAGCUGUUCUGCCAACCCAACGGAUGGCAGCUGGUGCCCCAGCGCCUGCCCCCCUCCUUCUUCGUGGCGGUUCUGACCGACAUCAACUCCGAGCGCCACUACUGUGCCUGCUUCACCUUCUGGGAGGAGCUGGACCACCCGCCUAAGGUGGCGGAGGCCAGCGAGGUGGAUGAAGACGAGGUGUCCUCCUCAGCGGCGGCCGUCCCGCCGGCUCAGCUCUACGGCCCGAAGAGUCUGGUGCUGGUGUCCCAACUGGACCACACCGAGGUCUUCAGGAACUGUCUCGGGCUGAUCUACACGGUCCACUCGGACAAGCUCACCGCGCCCCUGGAGACGGUGAUCGGGAACCUGCUCAGCUGUGUCAUCCCCAUCGCAGGGGGCUCGCAGAUAAUUGAGUCCCCAGUUUGUAGUUUAGACUUGGGUCCUCAUGCCCAGGCCUGUGACUGGCUGCUGGGCAACUGCCUCCAGCGGGGCCAGGAAGAGGAGGAGGAGAGUUUUUUGAGGACCAUUACGUUGGGUGCGGGCGAUCGGCAGGUGAUCCAGACGCCCAUCGACGACGCGCUCCCCGUCAGUGGAAGCAGCGUGGCGCAGCUCUUCAGACAGCUGGGCAUCGUGAACGUCCUCUACCUGUUCUGCGCUGCGCUCACGGAACACAAGAUCCUCUUCCUGUCCAGCAGCUACCAGCGUCUGACGGACGCCUGCCGCGGCCUGCUGGCCAUCAUGUUCCCGCUCAAAUACAGCUUCACCUACGUCCCCAUCCUCCCGGGCAAACUGCUGGAGGUGCUCAGCACCCCCACGCCCUUCAUCAUCGGGGUCAACUCCUUCUUCCGCUCCGAGACACAAGAGCUGCUGGACGUGAUCAUCGCGGACCUGGACGGGGGCACGGUGACCAUCCCAGAAUGUGUGCACAUCUCUCUGCUCCCAGAGCCCCUCCUUCAGCAGACCAUGACGGCCCUCUCCAUGGUGCUGGACCCAGAGCUGGAGUUGGCCGACCAUGCCUUCCCCCCGGCCUCCAUCCAGCCCUCCGCCCUCAAGAUCCAAGAUAAGGAAAUCCGCGGGGUCUUCCUCUGGCUGUUCGCCCGGCUCUUCCAGGGGUACCGCUGGUGUUUACACAUCAUCCGCAUCCACCCGGAACCCGUGAUCCGCUUCCACAAGGCGGCGUUCCUGGGCCAGAGGGCGCUGUCGGAGGACGACUUCCUGAUGAAGGUCCUGGACGGUAUGGCGUUCGCCGGGUUCGUCUCGGAGCGCGGACCGCCCUACCGGGUCACCGACCUGUUUGACGUUCUCGUAGCCAAUCAGGUGGAACGCAUUCGGCAGGAGGAGGCGUGUCCGCAGAAGGUCAUGAACCACGUCAAGGAGCUGGCUGAGCAGCUCUUCAAGAAUGAGAACCCUUACCCUGCGGUGGCCAUGCACCACAAGGUGCAGCGACCGUCGGAGGGGCUGGGGCAGCACGCGCCCAGGAACACAGCCCCCUUCCCCCUGCUGGACGACGUGACCGUGCAGCUCUUCGUGGACCACGCCGCCUCGAAGCAGCGCUCCGCACCCCCCGCUGUCAAGGCCGAGGUCAAGGCCAUGGUGCCCUCCGGACCCCCGCUGGGGGACGUGGUCGAUCGUCACGGCAGCGUGCUGGCCAAUAGCGCGAGGCGCCUGGAGGUGGUCAGGAACUGCAUCACGUACAUCUUCGAGAACAAGAUGCUGGAAGCCAAGAAGCUGAUGCCGGCGGUACUGCGUGCGCUGAAGGGCCGUGCGGCACGGGUCUGCCUCACCCAGGAGCUGAACCAACACGUCCUGCAGAACCGGGCCGUUCUAGACGACCAGCAGUUCGACUACAUCGUCCGCAUGAUGAACUGCACCUUACAGGACUGCUCCCACAUGGACGAACACGGUAUUGCAGCCGCCCUCCUGCCGCUGGUCACUGCCUUCUGUCGGAAACUGGGGUCGGGGAUCACCCAGUUUGCGUACAGCUGCGUGCAGGAGCACAUGGUGUGGACCAACAUGCAGUUCUGGGAGGCCAUGUUUUACAGCGACGUGCAGAACCACAUCCGGGCGUUGUACCUGGAGGGGGAGGAGGGCACGCCAGAGCCCAGCUCGGCGGGCGGAGGGCAGGAGGUCAGCGCCCUGGACCUGGCCUCGGAGCAGAACCGGCUGUGGCCCACGCUCACCAAGGACAUGCAGUCUGAGCGCGUGCAGAAGGAGGAGAGCACGGUGUUCAGCCAGGCCAUCCACUACGCCAACCGCAUGAGCUACCUGCUGCUGCCGCUGGACACCAGCAAGAACCGGCUGCUGAGGACGGGCGGCCUGGGAGACGUGGAGAGUGUCAGCAACAGCUACGUCACCAACAGCAUCGCGGGCAGCAUGGCGGAGAGCUACGACACCGAGAGCGGCUUCGAGGACGCCGAGACGUCGGACGUGGCCAACUCGGUGGUGCGCUUCAUCAACCGCUUCGUGGACAAGGUGUGCAACGAGAGCGGCGUCACCAACGAACACCUGAAGGCCCUGCACACCAUGAUCCCAGAUAUCGUCCAGAUGCACAUCGAGACGCUGGACGCGGUGCACAGGGAGAGCAAGCGCCUGCCCCCGAUCCAAAAGCCCAAGCUGCUGAGGCCUGCGCUGCUGGCGGGGGAGGAGCUGGUGAUGGAGGGCAUGCGCGUGCACCUGAUCUCUGACGGCCGGGAGGAGGCCACAGGCUGCAUGGGGGGCCCCGCCCUGCUGCCCGCCGAGGGGGCCGUCUUCCUCACCACCUACCGCCUCAUCUUCAAGGGCACUCCCACCGACCCACUGGUGGGCGAGCAGAUUGUGACCCGGUCGUUCCCCAUCGCCUCGCUCACCAAGGAGAAGAGGAUCUCCGUCAGCCUGCCGCUGGACCAGUACAUCCAGGAGGGCCUGCAGCUGCGCUCCUGCACCUUCCAGCUGAUGAAGAUCGCGUUCGACGAGGAGGUGGCGUCGGACCUGGCGGAGGUCUUCAGGAAGCACGUUCACAAGCUGCGCUACCCGCAGCACGUCCAGGCCACCUUCGCCUUCACCGUGGGCCAGGCCGCCAAGAUGGUGGUGGAGCACAAGUCCAAGGACAAGAACCAGUCGCUCAAGACGCUCUCCAAGCACCUGGUGAAGACGGCCAAGAGGACCAUCGGCCGGCAGUACGUGACCCGCAAGAAGUACGCCCCCCCCACCUGGGAGAACCGGAGCAGCCUGCAGUCGGAGCUGGACGAGGACGAGAUCUCAGUGUCGGAGGAGAUGGACCAGACCUCCCUCACCCUCUCCUCCACCAUGCGCUCGUCGGACCGCCAGACCAUGAGCAACGUGGUGGAGCGCGCCUGUUGCCGUGACUACCAGCGCAUGGGCCUGGGCACGCUGAGCAACAGCCUGACGCGCUCCAAGAACGAGCCCUUCCGGAUCUCCACCGUCAACCGCAUGUACACCGUCUGCAGGAGCUACCCCGGGCUGCUCAUCGUCCCCCAGAGCAUCCCUGACUCCACGCUGCAGAGGAUCUGCCGCUGCUACCGCCAGAACCGCUUCCCCGUGGUGUGCUGGAGGAACUCCCGGACCAAGGCCGUGCUGCUGCGCUCGGCCGGCUUCCACGCCAAGGGCGUGGUGGGCUUCUUCAAGUCCCCCAACGCCACGUCCUCAGUGCCCUCCCAGGCCGACUCGUCCAGCCUGGAGCAGGAGAAGUACCUGCAGGCCAUCAUCAGCUCCAUGCCCUCCUACGGCGAGACCCCCGGACGCAACACCCUCAGCGGCUUCACCUCCCCCCACAUGAGAAGCUCGGACUCCUCAGACAAGCUCCGUCAGCCUAAGAUCGGAGCUCUGAUGAAGCAGGUGAUGGGGUCCAAGGAGGAGCUGCCCGGCACCUUCAGUCGAGGAGCUCUGGGUCAAAGGGCGAGGGUCAUCUCCCUUUCUCAGCCCAAAAUGUCAGUCAAGUCCAGGAGCUCUCCUCGAGGCAAGUGGGGCAGCAUCCGUGGCAGCGGCCGUCUGAGCGCCUACAACGCUGACGUGGGGAACCGGCUGGCGGGCAAGGAGUCGCCGCACCUCAACGGCGCCGCGGGUGACGCCCUGUUCCUGCGCCAGCCCCGUGCCUACCUCUACAUCAUCGGGGACAAGGGACAGCUCAAGCAGGGGGGGAAGCAGGACCCGCUGCAGCCGUGGGAGGUGAUCCCCAGCGAGGUGUGUGACGUGCGGCAGGUGAAGAACAGCUUCAAGAAGCUGAUGAAGGCGUGUGUGCCCAGCUCCGUCAGCACCGACGCCGCCCUCAGCUUCCACCACUGCCUGCAGGACUCGGAGUGGAUGAGCCUGCUCAACAAGGUGCUGCAGGUGUCCGUCCUGGUGGUGGAGCUGCUGGAUAAAGGCUCCUCAGUGAUGGUGAGCCUGGAGGACGGCUGGGACGUCACCACACAGGUGGUGUCCCUGGUGCAGCUGCUGUCGGACCCGUACUACCGCACCUUCGACGGCUUCCGGCUGCUGGUGGAGAAGGAGUGGCUGUCGUUCGGCCACCGCUUCAGCCACCGGGGGGCCCAGACGCUGGCCUCCCAGAGCAGCGGCUUCACCCCCGUCUUCCUGCAGUUCCUCGACUGCGUGCACCAGAUCCACCUGCAGUUCCCCAUGGAGUUUGAGUUCAGCCAGUACUACCUGAAGUUCCUCGCCUACCACUACGUCUCCAACCGCUUCAGGACCUUCCUGCUCGACUCGGACUACGAACGCAUCGAACUAGGGGUGCUGUAUGAGGAGAAGGGGGAGAGGAAGGCCCCCCAGGUGUGUAAGUCCGUGUGGGACUACAUCGACCGGCUCAACAAGAAGACCCCCGUCUUCUACAACUACAUGUUCUCCCCCGAGGAUGAGGAGGUACUCCGGCCCUACAGCCACAUCUCCAACAUGAAGCUGUGGGACUUCUACACGGAGGAGACCCUCUCGGAGGGGCCCUCCUUCGACUGGGAGCUGGGGCGGAGCCGGCAGGAGCGGCCGGCCGAGGAGCCGGCGGCGGCGGACAGCAGCGGGCCCACGUCCCAGCGCCAGAUCGUCUGGCCCUGCUACCACAGCCGCAGCAAGCUGCUGCCCGACGCCAUCACCAAGCUGCUGCAGGACAUCCAGAGCCUUGAGGCGGAGCUGGGCCAGACGUCGGAGAAGUGGAAGGACACCUGGGACAAGAUGAAAAACGCGCAGAGGGGCGAGGCCAAGCUGGAGAGCAAGCCCUCGUUCUCCAGCUCCCUCUUCAUGACCUCCAACCCGGGGCACCAGCGGCGGUCCCACGGCGUGGUGAUGCAGGAGGGGGGCGUGGGUCUGGACGGCCAGCCGAGCCCCACCUCCACGCCGGCGGCCGGGCGGCCCAGCGCCAGCACCAGCGCCCUCUACUCCCAGUUCCAGAGCACCGAGAGCGACAACCGGAGCUUUGAGGGCAUCCUGUUCAAGAGGGGUGCGCUGCUGAAACCAUGGAAACCACGCUGGUUCGUCCUGGACAAGACCAAGCACCAGCUGCGUUACUACGACAGCCGGCAGGACAAGGAGUGCAAAGGAGUGAUCGAGCUGGGGGAGGUGGAGUCCGUCAUACCGGGAACGCCCACCAUGGGGGCGCCCAAGAACAUCGAGGAGAAGGCCUUCUUUGACCUCAAGACGACCAAACGCGUGUACAACUUCUGCGCCCAGGACAGCCUGAACGCACAGCUGUGGAUGGACAGCGUGCAGAGCUGUCUGUCGGACGCCUGAGGCAGGAAUGGGCGGGACUUACGCCCUCCAACCAGAAAGGACCGAAACGGAGCGCACUCAGAGAUGCCGCGGGGGACAGCCUGACGGACAGCUCGGCCCGGCCAAUCCCAGGUCCAGCUGGGACCCUUUGGGGAGUGGCCUUUUUUUGUCCCUUUGUUUAGCUGGGUUCAAGUGUUUGCCAGAGUCGGACUAAUGAUGUCACGUCAUAGUGUUUAAAACUUUUUUUUCAUAUAAAAUAACAAAAAAGAAAUCAACAAAAAUAAAAUAAAGUCGUCAUCCCCCGCCCCCCCCCACUCCCCGCCCUGAUGACCACUUCCUGUCGCCGACAAACAACGGAAAAAUGCAGCAUGGCAACCAUCUCACACUCUGCUGUUGCCAGGGCGACCCUACGGCUGCGCGCGUGCAAGCAUGGCGACCAAUCACGAGCCUCCAAGCCCUCCCCUACUAUAAACUCCACCCCUUAGGGACUGCGACCCAACAACCCGUCAUUCCACCGGAGGUUUGGAUGACAUACUUCCUGUCGGGGGAGACGCUGAGUGACAGAACUGACCCCCC